AUGCGACGGCGCACGAGAUCGCGAUCGCGCGCGCACAGUCAGACCAGCGCAUCUGCCGAGGAGGAUGACAUUUUUCUGGGUCUGCAGCGUCUCCUGGACAAGCUCCUGCAGUUCCAGCCGGUCUUUACGGAGGAGGACGUCGCGGUGAUUCCUUUUCUACCCGACCGGGGAAGCAGCUGCACCAGCUCUCCCUCGCUCUCCGCACCUACCUCUCCUCGGUUGUCUCCGUCCCGCCACGAUAACGAAGAGUCAACGGCGCAGCAAGACUGCAAGCAAUCCUCCGCUCCCCCAUCUCCGCCGACGGUGGACAGCAGAGGCACAAAACUGCCUUCGCAGACGAUGAAGGCGGCAACGGCGAGCCACGUCGGCGGCGCUGCGAUCGACCUGGAUGGACCCAUCUCCUCCGCGCUUUUCGUUACCGCUGUAAACCUCUUCGACGCAAAAAUGCUGGCAAAGAGCAGGCGUGUCGCCACCGAAGCACUGAAGCUGGUGCGACAGGCCUAUGUACUGAUCUGGAAGGACAACGACUACCUCGCCAGGUUCAUGAACGGGGAGCCAAAUCGCGGUGCAAAUGGAUCAAGUAGUCAUCAUCGGAAUCACAAAACGACAUCCAUCGAAGCGCCAGCCGCUCGCCGGAGCUCGCACGGCACUCGUCACAUGCCCUUCUCCGCUGCUGCACCAUGCCCUGAGCGGCAGCCGAAUCGACAGCUAGCGCUUCUGUUAGAUGAAUGCAUUCGUGCCCUUCUGGUUUACGCCAACGUGUCAGUGAACCUUUGCCACGGCAUGGCUACGAACAGCCGUGUGCUUCUGCUUCUGUCCUUUGUGUGCUGCACCGCACGGCGGCUAGAGGAGGAGGACGAGGUGCCGUACGGCGAGGGACGCGGCUGCGCGUCGGACGUCAUCGUUGGAAAUCGAAACCUUCACACGGAGCUGGACAGCCUUGGCCAGGUGUGGCAUGACUGUGGCAUUGAGGGCCGCGUCGCCGACUCGUUGCAUGAAUGUUACUUAAUUGAGUUUCUGCUCGACGCUGCGCUCCCACCGGCCGUGUGUUCGUCCCGCUACGACGGCCUGUUGACCGCGGCGUUUGAGAAGAAGCGGCGCAUUAUCAGCGACGUCGUGGCCAGUCGGUCUGGCUUUGCACACAUGAUGCGUGUCGCACCUCUGCGUGGGCUGUGCGGCCUAGCCAACAUGUCCGCCUUCGGCGAUGCAAAGCUGCGAGCUCGUCUGCUCGACAAAAUGGCGUCCGAGGGCGUGGUGGAGCGCUUGGCGAGUGAGAUUGGGUCCGCCAUGGAGGCCAUUCUACGCAUCGACGACCUGACGGCGUCCUCUUACAGCGCGUCGAAGCGGCGACGACCCGCGUUGUCGCGUGGCUCCUCCCCGCCCCAUCAGCGAUCCCGCGCCAGCACGUCGGAACCACCAAGCCGCCGCGACUCCCGCCCAACUUCACCGCUGCCUCACUGUAUAUCGGCAGAGAGAGAGCGCAGCGCGGAUGAAGCUAGUACGCCUCGGGUAUCCACCGGGCUGGAUCGCGUCCUCAACACGAAGCCCACUCCGGUGGAGCGCAUUGGGCAGUGCGUGGACAUUCUUAUGCUGCUCAGCAGCCCAAACCUCUGCCCCUCGGACGGCAACGAGGUGUCUUCCUCUUCUUCCUCCUCCCGCACCUCCGCAUCGUCGCCGCGAGGGGCUGUGCGCGCGACGACUUGGGCGUCGCAUGAGGACGCGUUACACGAAAUUAGCCUCUACCUGCUCUCCAUCUGCUUCCUCCCCAGUACGCACGCGCGAUACGCCGAGCUGACAUCGCUGCAGCUGUAUGCGGCGGAUUGCGUGCUCCAGUGGGCGGCCUACAGCGGCAAAUUCUACACCUUGGUCGUCCACGCAUUGGAUGAGCUGCUGGACGCGAUUGAGGCGAAGAAUUCUAGACGCGGCAGCGGCACGACCUCGCCCCAGCGAUCGCCACCUCUCAAGUCCCGCUCCCCUUCGCGAUCUCCAUCAAGGACACCGAAGAAGUCAGGCAACGUAGCCACUGUUCCAGGACAUCGGCUGCUGCGGCAACUUCUCCCAGGGGACGAAACAGGGCUGCUGCCUCUGCUUACGAACCUCCUCCAGUACACCAUCCACGCGGAGGCGAAUGCCACUUCGAUCCAGCGGUGGUUUCAGUUUCUGGCUGAUCGAGUGCUCCCUGGCGUGUUCGAGGCCCCCGCCCUCACGACGGGCCGACGCAGCACCUCGGAAUGGGGGCGGCGGCAUCUUCAACAGCAGUUUCAGUUGCAGUCGCAAAAGGGCAGUCGUGCAUCGUCUCUGCUCCGCGCAUCGGCGGUUUCCGCGCCAAACUCGUUGAUGGAAGUCGAUCGGCGGGCCCUUGACCCACCGGUGCUCGCUCGCGAUCUUACCCGGGCGGAGGUGGCGGCGAUAGCUCCCUACUUUCGAUUUGUGCGUCAGGUGGUGGAGGAGACAAGCUGGCGAGCGGGCACGGCGGCGCUGCUGGGCAAGGUGGUCCUACUCGCGUUUAACGUGAUCGUCACCCAGGGCCACCGCUGCAACCUCAUUUUCGGCCAGGCGUGCGCGUGCUACGAUGUGGCGGCGCCGUUGCUCUUGACCAUGCAGGGUGAAUCGUCCCCGCGUCGGAGUGUGCGUUCAUCGGCAGGGCAGCGAAGUACGACUGGGAGCAGCAACAGCAGCUACCGCUGUAGCACCGUCCUCAUGCACCAACUGCGGUCCGAGGAGGAGGAGGACGAAGAGGCACGAAGGGAGCUGGAGAGAAACGAGGAGGAGGUGUUUAUCAAGUCUGCUGCUAAAAAAAAGCGCUCGCCAUCAAAGUCGGCGCGCCGACAGGGCAGUCCGAGGAAGGGCCAUUCCUUAAGCUGGCUCAGCCCCGUAGCGGCCGUCAACGAGGAAAGGGAUGACUUCUCCCCUUUCAUCGACAGUCCAAGCGGGUCGCCGAUUUUCUACGGGCCGUACUCGCCGUCAAGUGAAACUGCGGACUGGAGCGGCGACAACAGUGAAGAGGACAGCAGCCCCUUCGAUAACGUGCAACGCGGAAGUGACUUGAGGGCGGCGCUGGAGGAGGCAGCCACCCCACCCCCACUGCCCCAGCCGUCCAGCGAAUCGCCGCAGCCCGUCACGCAGUCGUGGACGGGACGCCUGUCGCUGCGCUCGCUGUUUUCCUCGCUCACUGGCCGCGAUGAAGCGCCGCUGCAGAAGUAG